AUGUAUCUCGAGAAUAACCUCAUCGUGGAGGUCGUCGACUCGUCGGGCACACCACUCAAGGAAUGGGGACAACAGAAGUUCGGCGAUAAACGCCUCAGCUGCUAUGUGCAGUCGGAGACGGGCAUGUCGUUUGGCCUAAGACUCGUGCCCGCGGCGUCCAUCCGGAGCGAGAUGGACGACCGCCGAGCGGAGACCAAGAGAUGGUACCGCACGCACUCGCAAGACCAAGAGGCGCCGCUACAACCCUUUGACUUCCUCGCCACCCUUCGACUCGACGGCCGUGAGACGCCCGAGAAAUGCAACAUCGUGUAUCUGGACCCUGCCAACGAAUGGUACCGCACGCCGAGUGGCGAAAUCGACAUGUGCGGGAAAAUGAUACGCGAAUCAAAGGACAGCGACGUGCACUUCCACAAAUGGGUGUUCCAAGAGGUGGGUAUCGAGAGUAUGAUUGAAGAGCUGUCCCUCCAAUUCGACACUCAAGUGCCAGAGCCCGAGGACCCACUGGUGAAAGCGAUGCAAGAUAUGGGCUCCAACAACCUUGCAGACAAGGAGGAGACCGCGAAGGCCGGCGUUAUCGAGAUCAGCAUCCAACGAGUCAUCAUCGAGCAACAGACAACACAACGUCCAUGGGACGCGAAUGGCAGCACUUCUCCCGAAGCUGCUGGUGGCUCAAAGACCGACCGUAACAUCUCGCACACAGCCGGCAGGACCGCUGGCAAGAAAGCAUCAUCUAACAUAGGCACCUUCGUUUACUACAAUCCGAUCGAUGCCGAUGACAAGCCGUAUGCCGUCUUCAAGUUCUUCUACAGAAGUGAGGAAGUCCUGCGCAAGUUCGACUUCCGUGGCUUUCCCUCGAAGCAAAUCAAGCCAGAUGCGGUUGCCUUGGCGAAGCUUGGUCUUGGUGAUGCUGUAAGCAAGAGAGGAACCGCCGAGCUGGACCACGACUCCGAUUCCGACUCCGACAACGAUGAGCCGACUCAACGUAGAAAUGGCGGGCGCAAGACUCGGAAGGCCAAGAAGAAGACUGAACAAGACUCUCCGAGACGUCUGCAUUUUCCAGAUCAAGCCGCGUUCUCUGAAGAUGAAGACAUUGACGAAGAAGAGGUUUCAAAGAGGCUCGAAGAAGACGACCGGUCCCGUGGCGUAUCCAAACCCGUCUUCAUCGAUCAGCCUGUGGCUGGACCAGAGCGCGCCGUCCUCAGCAAUAUCAAAGAGCACGUGAACGGCAACCUAGCUCAGCCGACUGGGGCCGAUUCGGCAAACAAGUUGAUCGAGACAAAGCAGCUCACUGCCGAUGAAGUCGUGCAGCAGAAGCCAGACGCCACCAAGGAAGUUGUACAGCAGACGGAUGUAGAGAGCGACGAGGAACUCUAA